GUUUCUAAUAUUUAUAGGCGAAAAGUCCAUCAGAUCAGAUCCGGAAAAUCGGUCGCUAGUCAGAAAAUAAUGCGGCGACGAUGACCAAUGGAGACCGAAAGCGAUUUGCAUAACGAUUAAAUAACAGAACAAACACACCCCACCCACCCCUGUGUUUCCAGCGGGCAAAGAGCACGAGAAAAGAGUCUGGGUUCCAAAAGUUGACCAAAAACGGACACAAAAUCUAUAAACGCCGCACAACAACAACGCGGUCAUUGGCAGAGAGGGGAGGGGCAGGUGCAACGGUAUAGAUUAGCCCAGACAUCUGCCACGCUAGGCACAUCUGACGUGCGUGUCGAUUCGGCCAUCAACUUGAAAUCACGCCCACAUAAACCGCAAACACCCACCUGAAAGAGAGUACACGUAGCCAUGGCUUUGCCCUUAAGCGACCUGCUUAUGCUGGGCAGCGGUGAGAAGAGGUUGGCCGCCUGUGUGGUGCUGCUGCUGCUGGAGCUCUUCCUGGAAGGCGCCGAGGCAGUGCCAAACCAGGCCGAUGUCGACAACCAUCUGGAGUUGGGCAAAGAGUUAUUGGCCCGCGGACAGCUGUCGGAUGCCCUGACGCACUACCAUGCGGCUGUCGAGGGCGAUGCCAACAAUUAUCUGACGCUGUUCAAGCGGGGCACCGUCUAUCUGGCCCUGGGCAAGACACGCUUUGCCAUCCAGGACUUUAGUCGCGUGCUCGAACUGAAGCCAGACUUCACGGCGGCCCGCGCCCAACGUGGUCUGGUGCACAUGAAGAGCGGCGAAUACGAGCAGGCGCUGUCGGACUUUAGUCAGGUUCUGCGGGAGGAGCCCAACAAUGGUGUGGUCUUUGAACAGUACUCGCGUCUGGAGCCGGCCAAGGAGCAGUGGCAUAAUGUGGAGCAACAGAUUGCCCAUGGCGACUAUCACAAUGCCAUUAACCUGAUUACACAGCUGCUGGAGCUGUCGCCGUGGUCGGUGCCGUUCCGGCAGACACGCUCGGAUCUCUACAUCAAGGUAAACGAUGCCAUCGCUGCCAUUUCGGACCUCAGGCAGGUAAAUCGCCUGACCCAGGACAGCACGGAGGGGCACUACAACAUUGCCAAGCUGCUGUACACGAUCGGACAUGCCCCCAAUGCCCUGAAGGAGAUACGCGAGUGUCUGAAAUUCGAUCCAGAGCACAAGCUCUGCUUCCCCUUCUACAAGAAGCUGCGAAAGGUGGAGAAGCAGCUGUCGAAUGCCGAGCAGGCAAGGGAGGAGAAACAAUUCUCCGACUGCAUAGUCUCUGGCGAGGCGGUGCUUAAGCACGAGCCCGAGGAGACGAUGAUACGCUACGAGGCGCACAAGAUUCUCUGCAAUUGCUACACUGGCGACGAAGAGUUUGGCAAGGCGCUGACGCAGUGCAAGGAAGCGCUGGAUAUCAUGAAGGAUGCCCAAGUGUACUGUGAUCGUGCCGAUGCUCUGAUCGGCACCGAAAUGUAUGACGAUGCCAUACACUCCUUCCAGGCAGCCCUCGACCUGGACGAGAACAGCCUGCGAGCCAAGGAGGGUAUACAGAAGGCCAAGAAGCUACAGAAGCAGGCCGAACGCAGGGACUACUAUAAGAUACUGGGCGUUAAGCGCACGGCCAACAAGCAGGAGAUUGUGAAGGCGUACCGCAAGGCGGCCCAGAAAUGGCAUCCAGAUAACUUCAGGGACGAGGAGAAGAAGGUGGCCGAAAAGAAAUUCAUCGAUAUUGCAGCGGCCAAGGAGGUACUUACAGAUCCCGAGAAGCGGCGUCAGUUUGACGAUGGCGAGGAUCCCCUGGACCCCGAGGCGAACCAGCGCGGUGGUGGCCAGCAUCCGUUUGCCCACUUCCAGCACGGGUCGCCCUUCCAGUUCAAGUUCCACUUCAAUUAGUCAGCCAGCGUCAGCGCCACUUAGCCAGCCAGCCAUUUGUGUCAUUUGUUGAGAGCGAUUCGUCUCUAUGUGAUGUCCUUGCAUCGCCGCCCGACCCACAAGCGCUCCCUAGCAGAUCAGAUCAGAUCCUUCUGUCAUCCCAGAUCCUUACGAUUUUACACAAAACUUGUUUUCCACUCUUCAAUAGCGUGUAAAUAGUAGAUUAAAGAUCCCCAAUAAAAUCCCCCUGCUCCGAUAAAAGCUCUUAAAACUGAAAGAAACACACAAAACAAAAACAAAAUGCAAAACACUGAACAUUUACAUUUAAUUAGUUUAUUUAAUACAAAUAAUUAUAAUGUAGUACAUUUUUCUAAUUAUGUAUAAAGUGAAAAUCUUAAGCAACACAAGAAAUAAAAGACUUGGCGAUUGAACUCUA